GGACGAGAACUAGAACCAGGAAUCGAGAAACCAGGAAAAUCAGGAGUACCGGAAACAAGGCUUGGUAAUGCGCACUGAACGUGGCGUAAUACUUCGCGUCACAUUACCAUCAGUGCAGUCCUUAAAUAGCCCAACCCUUAGUUCUCUGAUUGAAAACAGGUGCACCUUGUUCAAGGCGCACGUGCUGUAGCUCGUUUGGCGCUCACGCAGCCCAGGACACACCUUCAGGUGCAUGCGCCAAGGCGUGCAGGACUGACACAGAUAUUUAUUUUUCUGGUUAUUUUUCCCCCACACACCUGCUGCACUUGGCUUCCUCUGAAUUUCUUAAACAAUAACAGCCAGAUCAAGAAGUUGGAGCAGAAGGCUCUGAAGCAAGCUAAGCAGAAGAAAUCUAAGUCGGCUGAAUUUCUGAUGGCCAAAGAGCAGGAGCAGGAGGAAGAGGAGAGGGGGAUGAUGAAGGGCAUUGUAAAUCCUGGGUUCCUGAGUGGAGAGGAGGAGGACGAGCAGAGCUGUGGUAGACAGAAGGAUGGGGAGAGAGAAAUAGGAGGUGACGGGCAAGAUAGCACUCUUGCCAUUCACCAACUGCAAACGAAGCUGGAAGCCCUUGGCAGCACAAGAGGAAAUGAAGGUGCUCGAAAUUACUUUGACCCCUGGGCGACAGUGGAGGGUGACCUGAGGCAGCGCGGGAUGUCCAGGGUUGGAGCGGGAGAUGAGCUAGAAUUAAAAUUCAUGCAUGAGGAUGAACGGGGUCUGUAUGAGAAGCUGUCUCAAAUGCUGAAUGAAGAUGAAGCGUCAACUGUCAUCGAUUUGCCUGAAGAACUAUCAAGCAGACAACAAGGACAACCUCGACUUUCAAUCAUCAUUUGGCAAGACUCCACCCAGAGACGCUCUUUUGUGGAAGAAAGACCAGUGGCUGUGGCUCCUAGAGUCCCGCAGGCUGCAUGGAGAGAUCAACUGAGGGAGAAGUUGGAGGAGAAGAGAGAAGAGGUUAUCCCCCACUAUGUGGAACGACUGAGAGAACAUGUGCAGGAUGACAUGAUCCCAGUGGGCAGGGCUUCACUGAAGCAGGAUGAAUGCACGGCAGAGGAGAAGGAGUGGGCGAGAAAACAAAGAGUGAUGGCUGUCUUAAGGGGGAAUACGAAGGAGUCGUAUUCCAUUAGAGACUUGGAACAAGAGGAAGCUGCUCUGCAGGAUCGGCUUUACGCAGCUUUCCAGCGUUCAGAGAGACGUUUGCUGAAUUCUCUGCGUGACCGUCAGGCUGAAGUCAUUGCCCAGUAUGGAGAAAUCACUGAAAUCACUGAACCACUGGGCAUCGGAUCUGACCUUCCUUGGCAGGUGGAGUGGACACGAACCCCACAGCCAAUGGAGGUGUGUGUGGUGUGUUUACGGGCGGUGAGGGAGAAGCUCAGUAGGGGGCUGUACAGUGUGUGUGUGUCUCUGCACAGUGGGUUGGGUGGCCCUGCGCUGUGCUGGUCUCGCCUGAAGGAGCAGCACUGGACAGGAGUCACAGAGCCUGUGGAACAUCACGGCCGAAUCUGCGACAUAGAGCUGCUCAUUAACCAGAACCUCCAUAUGGUCUUGCCUGCAUCAUGUGACCUCUUGCCCUCCACUGUGCUGAUGUUCAGACUUCUGAGCAUGCCCAGUAAGCAAUGUGCUGUGAGCGCAGUGGUGGCCUGGGGGGUAUUCCCCGUGUGUGACUGCUCUCUAACCCUUAUCCAAGGUAGAUUUCGCACUCCACUGCUUCGGGGUUGUCCCAACUCAGCGAUAGACCAGUUCAGUAAAAUAGAGCAGCUGCUCUCUGCUGACUUGGACAACUGGCUCUGCAACCUUUACUUCCAGGUGAAGAAACUCCAGCAAAAAGAUCAAGGAGUUCCAGAGUGCAAUGCCAGUGAAGUGACCAAUGAAAAGCCUCCUCCUGAUAUAUCUAUGUCUACCUGCUCAUCUACCCCACUAGCAGGUAAGAGUCCUGCUGGAAUCCUUCCCGUCUUAAAGGCGGCGUCAGAGAAAACUAAAGCUGGAACAAAAACUAAGGGUGGCAAACAGAAGCAGCCAUUCAGCAAGAUUACCAGCCAGAGUGGCUGUGUGAGAGAGAGAGAAGUACGGAUGAGUAUCAUCACAGAAGAACUUCAACACUUCUCCUUCUCCCUACAAUCUCAGCGAGCUGUUCCACACUGCAAUGUUGUGUGCUGUGGUCCGGCAGAUCGAUUGCGUAUGGUAUGGCGUAUGCUUCCUGCAGAGCUUGGUCUAUCUGGGAUCACUCGACCCAGUUUCAGCCAGCUCACACUCCUCAUCACCCUCAUCUUUCUUACUUGGUUUCCCCGUCUUUACCUGCACUACUGCAGCCAGUGGCUCUUCCUCCAUGCUCGAAACAUACCUGUCAACAGGUUUCGCUUCCAUGCCCACACGGUGGAUUUGGUAUAUCAGAGCUCUCUCCUGCGCGCCCUGGAGGAGCUGCUGCUGGUGUUGUUGGGGCCCUUGACCUUGAAUGCAGCUAUGUUUCUGCUGCUUCUGAUCAGAUGGCUCUGUCAGCUAGUGUUUGGCUCAACUCCUUCCUUCCUGUCAAAGCUGAUCAUGGCUCUGGGAGUGUGGACAGUGCUUGACCCUCUGGCGGUCUUCACUGUGGACGCUGUCCUUGGGCGUUUGUCUUACAGUGCAGAAAAGCCAGUGGCUGAUGCCGCUAAGCUUUACUGGCACUUCCAUAAUAUGGAGCAGUCCAGCACAGCAGGAAUUCUCAUCACCCUUUUCCUCUAUGUCGUCCUCUUCAUUCUGUCCUUCACCAUGCUCUACGUGUACUUCCUCAGGUUCCAUAAUGACGGCAGGAUGCUGGAUGUGUACCUUCGUCUCCACAGUCCAGAGAGAGCAUUUUUUGUCCCAGAUGAUUUUGAAGUGUCCAUUCAGGAGCUUAGUUACAUUGUAAAGAAGGCAGAGCAGUGGAGAGGUUUCACUGGAGAGAGACAAAAGGUGGCAGUGUAUGAUUACAUCUGGACCCAGGAAGAGUCUGGAGGGUGCGAAUCCCCUGGGGCUGUACCCACUGUAGUGGGAGAGACGAGCACCCAUGUGUCCAUCUACACGCUGCACCUGAGCGGCCUGCGUCAGCGCUACAGACACUUCCUCAGGCAGCCUAAUGGAGCCAUCGUAGAGCUCAUCGGCGAUUUUGACAGUGUUGCUGCUCAUCAGAAUGUCCAGUGUGAGAAAGCAGAGCAGAAGGAAGUCAACAGGAGGAUGAAGAGCUCAACACAUGCACUCAGAGAAAGGAAGAGCAAGAAUCCUGCUUGGCGCUGUAACAAGGUGGGACCGCUGAGUGGCAGUGCCUGUGAGCCCAAAACAACAGUGAUGGAUCACUGAGGCUAAAGUUGCUUUACAGGACCUAAAACCACACGAGAAUCCCAGUGAAAAGUGUGAUCUUUGUCUGUGUGCUGCUCUUAAAACUGACUAUCAGCUUAAUUUCAAGGGUGAUGCUGCUGAUGAUGAUGUAUUUGCCCUUAUUUAUCAAGUUGUACAGAAACAGGCACUGUUUUGAACACAAAGUUGCAUGAUAUAAAAUGAGCUCUGAUAUGAUAUCCAUUUAUGAAUUAGAUUCAACUGUGUGGAAACAAGCUCCUGCACACUAAUAUAAGUCCCAGCAUCACGCCCGGAUCACCGCACAGGCUUCAUAUGGCUUCAGCCUAGGGGCCCCCACGCCCCCCGCCUCGCAGGGGGGCCCCCAAUUGGUCAAAAGAAAAAAAAAACCUUCAUAUUCAUUGGCUCAAAAUGAAUAUUUAAAUAAACGGACGCUGAUUGGAUGAGGCAAAUCCGCCUUCCAUAUAUAAACGUUAGAUGUCACGCACGACGUCACUCCACAGUUGAACAGUGAACAUGUGUGACAGAAAAUAUGAGAGCGGUGCUCAAAAGCGCAAGGCGCAAUGGCAAAAAGCCCAACGUGACAAAGCUCUAUAUACCAAAACUAACAGGGUUUUUUAAACCUAAUGAAACCCAACUGGCAAGUGCAAGUUAUCAUGACACUAGCGUAGCAAACGUUAUGUUAGCUGCAGCUGCAGCCAGUAGUACUACUAGCUCUGGUGAGGGUGAAGGGCCAUCCCUUUCAGACCCCGUCCCAUUUGUGGAUGAAUGUGCCACUGCCACUAGUUUCACAAACGCUGGCCCAGCUGUACAAAGUUUAAUAAUGAAAAAAAAAACUUUAAAAUGUAGAAAAUAGACAGUUCUUUACAGGUAGAUGGGAUAAGAUGGUGGUGGCCGGGGGGGGGGGCCUACAGCAACUUGUAGCCUAGGGGCCCCUGGCCAUGUUAAUCCGGCCCUGCCCAGCAUAACCUUCUAUAUUAUAUACACACACGAGUGUUUUACUGGGAAAUACACCACUUAUAUUUUUCAUAUGAACUACAUCCAGGACAUUGAGUGGCAUAAUGUCCAAUAUCUUCACUCAUGAGGAAAUCGAUGAAUUGUUUUGAUAAAUUUGGGUACUUUUUGUUUCUGAAUGUGUCUAUAUAAUAAAAAGAACAAUCACAGCUUGAAGAUAAUGAAAUUUAUCUUCUCGCGUUGAAAAACUCACAUUUUUCAUAUGAAAUACAUCGUGGAUCUGAGUGACAUAAUUAAAUAAUAUUGGCUGGCAUUGAGUGGUAUAUCAGAUGUAUUCCAUUCAGCUAGCAUGAUAUUGAACGAGUUGAAGAUGAGUAGCUGAAUUGAAUAUAUCUGAUACACCAUGAAAAAACAGCCAAUAUUAUUAUUAUUAUUAUUAUUAUUAUUCAUACACAUUCAGUGGAACAAUUACACUACGUUCAGACUGCAACCUGAAACGACCCAUAUCCGAUUUGUUGUGAAAUCCAAUUUUUUUGUUAGGCCGUUCACAUUACCAAUUAUAUGAGACUUGUAUGCGAUCUCCAAUAUGAACGGAAAACGACCCAAAAGUGUCCCGCAUGCGCAAAUUGACAUGUAAUAAGCACAUCUACGUAAUGCGUAAACAAAAAAAAAGCGCACUCUUCAAGUUUGCAAGUAAAGCAUGGAGAUGAGGUGAAACCUGGCGAUGUGGUUUUUGUGGCGCCGGCGGAACUCACACAAUAACCUGGUAUUGUGGAGGCGAUUGAGAAGCAGGAGGGCAAGGGCUUUGGUCCAGGCGCUGUGUGGGGCCAUGGCAGCAACCUCCGUUGAAAGGAAGGUAUGGAUGCGGAGUCGCAGCCAGGAGUGGUGGGAUGUUGAUGUGCUGCGCUUCUCUGAUAAUGAUUUCGUCAACAACUUUCGGCUUACGAGAAACACCUUUACCUACAUUGUUGUUGUUUUCCACCAAAGAGGCAGGAUUAGCCAACGCAGAAUAAUGACGUUUGUCUCUUGUUGAUGACGUGUAGGUCGCAUGAAUGCGACCUGUCCGGUCAGACUGCAGUCGCAUGUGAAAAUAACGGAUAUGCAUCGGAAUUAGGACCACAUAUCCAAGCGGCCUGGGUCGCAUGUGAAAAAAAUCGGAUCUGUGUCGUUCAGAUUGUCAAUAACAAAUCGGAUACAGGUCGCAUAUGGGCAAAAAAAUCGGAUACGGGUCGUUUCAGGGUGCAGUCUGAACGUAGUCAUAUAGAGUUUACAAAAAGUUAAGAACACGGGGGUAACUUAACAAUAUUGAAUGCUGAUUCUGAUUGAAUGUAAUUCAGUGUUUUGUAAUUCAAUGUACAAAAUCAAAGUUCUAACAAUAAAAAUUGUCCAAGUCCAAAAAGCCUGAACAACAAUCCAACUUAUGUACGAGCUAUAUCCAGGUUGACAGUUCAAGUUCACAGUUACUUUUGGUGGUAGUUAAUGGUUCCAUUGCAGUUGAUCAAAACAAAAGGGCUUUGCUGAGUGAAGUCCAUGAGUGAAGUCCUCUUGUAAAAGUCUCCGUCAUUUUUCCUCACCUCCAAGUAGAACUUUGACAAUAUUUCCGCUAUUGCUCUCUUUUCCAGUUUUUCAAUGUCCGUUGGUAUAUUUUUCUCUUGUAAAUAUGCGUGAAGAAUAUCCAGUGAAGUUUUGGUAGCCUUUCUGGUGCCCAGCACAUCUUUCUCUUUAAAUCGGUUUCGCUUUAAAUGAAGCAAACCUGGCGGCCAUGUUUUGUUUACAAACUGUCACAGUCACUCGCUAGUGUGGAAGUUUUACAUCUCCAAUGUGUCUCUUUUCCAGUUUUUCAAUGUCUGUUGGUAUGUUUUUUUCUCUUGGAAAUAUGCAUGAAGAAUAUAUAAUGAAGUUUGGUAGCCUUUUGGGUGUUCAGUGUGUCUUUAGUUUCAGUUUUCAGUUUAUUUAUUUAUUGCUUAAACCGAGCACUGGAUUAGCCUCAUCUUCUCUCUUUCCCAGCCGACAAAGAAAUGAUUGUGCGCAUGCGCAGCAGAAAAGUUUUGUCAUCGGAUCUUCACAUGAGCUCUGAUGUGUGACAUCAUGUUGUCUUGACAACGUACAAUAAUGUAAAAAUAUUGCACGCUCAUUUUCCAUUGGGGAGAGUGGCGUAAUACACGGAGGAUAAGUGAUAUGUUAACAAUAUUACAUGCAAAAAGUAAAUAAAACCACGAGAAGGGAAUAGAAUACAUGUUUUUAUUCCAUGGAAAAAGUGGCCUGUAUGUAUAAUAAUUUCCAAUAUUUCACUCCAAUGACGUCACUCCCAGUGUUUUCCUGCUGACUUAAAAUGGCGAACCGGUUCAAAAUUAAAAUUCUUUCAAUUAA